CGAAACAUCUAGAAAUCAAACGAAUUUAACUUGUUACAACAGUAAAGAAUAUAACUAGCGCAAUGUCUGCCGAAGAGGGAACGUUUGACACCAUUUUACUGGCUGUGGCAGAGAAGCAUCGUGGCGGCGUGCCCGAUUUCCUCCAUACAUUGGCCAGCUUCUUGCGUCGCAAGACCGACUUCUUCACAGGCGCCAAGCAGUCGGAAUGGGAGAAACUCCUCCUGGACACUUUCCGCAAGGAGUCGUCAGUCGCAAUCGAGGAACACACUCAAAAACUCAAGGCCCGCGAGGCUACCAAACGCAUCAAGGACGAGAAAGAGCGCGUGGAACGCGAGGCACGUCAGAAGGAAAUCGAUGAUAACAAAAUUUGUGAUAUUUCCGAUGAGGAAGCAGCGGCCAUUAUCAAAGAGGAGGAGGAUAAAAAACGCCAGCAGCUGCUCGACAAAACAAGUGGGGACUCUGCCGGCGGUGCUGCCACUUUGAAUCUCGACGACAUUUCCAAGCCCAUAGAAAAAGUGGACGAUGAAUCGGAGAAGGCGGAGGUGGGCAAACUCCAGCCCAACGCCGGCAACGGCUGCACCCUGGAAAAGUACAUGUGGACACAGACCCUGCAGGAGGUUGAGCUCAAGAUCCCCUUCAACGUGACAUUCGCUCUGCGUGCCCGCGAUCUGGUGGUCAGUAUUGGCAAGAAGACCCUAAAGGUGGGCCUCAAGGGCCAGGAGCCGAUCAUCGAUGGCGAGCUCAGCGGCGAGGUGAAGCAGGAGGAGUCCCUCUGGGUGCUGCAGGACAGCAAAACGGUGCUCAUCACCCUGGACAAAAUCAACAAGAUGAACUGGUGGAACCGUCUGGUCACCACCGAUCCAGAGAUAUCCACGCGCAAGAUCAAUCCAGAGCCAUCGAAACUCUCCGACUUGGAUGGGGAGACGCGCAGCAUGGUCGAGAAGAUGAUGUUCGAUCAGCGCCAGAAGGAGAUGGGUCUGCCCACCAGCGAAGAUCGCAAGAAGCAGGAUAUACUUGAAAAAUUCCGACUGCAGCAUCCUGAGAUGGACUUUUCCAAGUGCAAAUUCAAUUAGUUGUAAUAUUCGCAUGAUUCACACUCUUGAAAUGUGUAAAUCUUUCACUUUCCACCACAUUUACUGCUUCUCCAUCUUCAAUC